AUAUAUUUUCCAAUCGUGAUGCAGACUGGGAGAGGCCCUUCAUUCAGCACUCUUAUUUCUUCUCAGCUGAACUCCCUGACUACAUCUGCAAAGAUGACCAAAGGUAUGAUCGUAAAGAACAUGUCCAUCAAGGUCGGGAAAACCCUGACCGUUGUUGGUGUUCCCAAGCCUGAUGCUACACAUUUUGAAGUGAACGUUGGCCCCAAUGAGGGGGAGAUUGCAUUGCAUAUGAACCCUCGUUUUAACGCCCUAGGAGAUGAGAAUACAGUGGUCUACAACUCUUACCAGGGAGACACCUGGGGUGAGGAGUUCCGUGAGGGAGGCUUUCCUUUCAAACAAGGAAAGGAGUUCGAGAUAAAAAUUGAAGUCACCCCUGAGGAGUUCCUGGUGACUUUACCAGAUGGCUCCAAAAUUCAAUUCCCCAACCGCAUGGGCAUGGAGAAGUACUCUUUCAUGAGCUUUAAGGGGGAUGUUCACAUAAUAAGCGUUGAGGUCAAGUAAACCCCCACCCUCCCAGGAAUCACUGGAUUGAAAUUCUCUUUUUUGUGUUUCAAUUUGUGUGACAUCUGUUCACAUAUUACUCCAGCUUUUAAAAUUCCUGAAAACAAGGGUUACCAGCCUCACAUGCUUAUCACAAAUGAUCAUAUUAUGGAAGAAUUUUGCUUUUUGACACGUGGUUAUGAAAAAAACCAUCGAAUGAAAAAAGGGAUGGAUUAGAUAGAGACAUGUAUAGUUAUAAUAGUCAGAUCUACACAAAGAAAGAUACACAUCAAGUAUUGUGACUGUAUGACUCUUCUGCACACUUGAAAGACCUACUGACUGUAAAGCAAACCAAACAUAAUGUAGUUCCAAGCCAAUGUUAUGUGACUGCUAUUUGCUUUGCUGUGUUUAGUUGAAAAGAACCACAGGAAAUGUGAUCAGUUUUUCUUUAAGGUGCCUUGAAAUGCUGCAUGCUUUUUAGUUUUCCCUCCUAGACAUUCCAGAUUUGCAAUUGGGUGUAAUGCUCACCUGUAAUAAUAUGCAUUAAAGCAUGGCCUUUUAGGAAAAAACAUGGACUUUGGUUAUUCCUUUAACAGCCAAGUGCACAUUUCCUCGGUACGAAAUUUUUUUCAUUUGAUUUCUCCAAACAGAUGCAUAGUACCUUUUACCCUCUCAUUAUUUCACACACUCACUGCCCUCUCCUCAUUUUGUAAUUAAGCAUACUAUAUUUUCAUGCAUAAACCGUGCCCUCUGCCCAGUCACACAAUCCUGUUGUCUAUCAUAAAGCCCCCUCCUUGACCGGUAAAAAUAUUUAUGACCAAUUUGUGACAUUGGUCCAAUGUACAGACAAGAUCGCUGUAUUAAAACACUCACAUCUACAGGUUAUGAACAGACAAACUGUAUGUGAUAAUUACUCAUAAUCCGAAUGCAAACUAAAAUGUUGUGGAUUAAUAAUUAGUCCUACAUUAACACUAUUAAUGACUGGUUUAAAGCCCCAUUUCCCACCUCUUUGCAAAGGCGGUGUAUUCACCAAGCACUUUAUUAGGAACAACAUACUAAUACUGGUGAGGGCCUCCUUUUGCUCUCAAAACAGCCUCAGUUCUUUGUGGCAUGGAUUCCACAAGAUGUUGGAAACCUUCCUUUGAGUUCCUGAUCCACGUUGACAUGAUUGCGUCACAUAAUUUCUGCAGAUCUCUAGGCUGCACGUCCAUGCUGCCAAUCUCCCAUUCUACCACUUCCCAAAGGUGUUCUACUGGAUUCAGAUCUGGUGACUGGGUAGGCCACUGAAAUUCACUGAACUCACUGUCAUGUUGGUGAAACCAGUUGGAGACGACUUUUGCUGUGUGACAUGGUGCAUUAUCAUGCUGGAAGUAGCCACCGGAAGAUGGUAAACUGUGGCCGUUAGGGGAUGCACAUAGUCAGCAACAAUACUCAGAUAGCCUGAGGCAUUCAAACCCUGAUUACACCACCACCACCACCACCAGUCUGGACUGUUGACACAGGGCAGGUUGGGUCCAUGGAUUCAAGCUGUUUUCCAGUCUUCAACUUUCCAGUUUUGGCGAACCUGUGCCCAUUGCAGCCUCAGAUUUCUGUUCUUGGCUGACUGGAGUGGAACCUGACAUGGUCUUCUGCUGUUGUAGUCUGAGAUGAUUUUCUGCUCACCACAGUUGUGAAGAAACGGUUAUCUGAGUUACCAGAGCCUCUCUGCCAGCUCGGACCAGUCUGGCCAUUCUCCACUGACUUCUCUCAUCAACAAGGCGUUUCCAUCCACAGACCUGCCGCUCACUUGCUCACAUGUUUAUUGUUUUUUUUUUCUCGGUAAACUUUAGAGACUGGUGUGCAUGGAAAUCCAAGGAGAUCAGCAGUUUCAGAAAUCCUUAAACCAGCUUGUCUGGCACCGACAAUCACGGCACAU